GGCUAAAAGGUAUAAUCUUGGUUACGGGUUACCUUGUCGACGUCGAGGAGUUAGCGGCUAACGACGAAGAUCGAGGAGCCGACGGCGAGGAUUUCUGUGAAUCUCUUCAAGGUAUGCAUGGUCUUUUUCGUUGAUCUACCAGUUGGAAUUUUCACGAGCUGCGGAAUUGCGAGGCGUAGUAACUAGUAGAAGGAGAAGCGGCACUAGAGACUAUCAGAAAUUUGAGGGAGAAGCAAUGGGAAGUAACCAACCGGCGGCACAAAUUCCGACGAGCUUUGGCCACGAACUCAGGGCUUGCCUUCGCUGCCGGCUCGUCAAAACCUAUGACCAGUUCAGAGAGUCUGGAUGUGAGAACUGUCCCUUCUUUAAGAUGGACGAAGAUAAUGAGCGUGUUGUUGAUUGCACUACGCCUAAUUUCACUGGGAUUAUCUCAGUCAUGGAUCCAAGUAGGAGCUGGGCUGCUCGCUGGCUUCGAAUAGGACGUUUUGUCCCUGGCUGUUACACCCUUGCAGUUUCAGAGGCACUUCCCGAAGAUCUGCAGAAUCUCUGUGAAGAUGAGCGCGUGCCAUAUGUUCCUCCAAAACGCAUUUGAGAUAGCCAGCCAGACAUUGUCUAACCCAUCAAGGAUUUCCCGAGCACAUAACAAUGUUGUCUGCUAGUACGUAGUAGUUGAAAGGCUGUCAAAAUGUGUAUUCCUGUUUAUUCUCGCUGUGCCCUUGAAUGACAUUUCCCAGUGUACUAAAACCAAACUGUGAAACAUGAAAUCCUGUAGUUUUCCCCUCCAAUCAAGAUGGAUAAUGGAUCUGGGCUAUACCCUGUGUUCUGUUUACAAUUAUUCAGAAAUGUUUGUAUUAUCUGUUAUGGCUGACUGCUAACUGUGCUCCAUUGCCAACUUGUGUUUUGUCUUCUUCACCA